GGGGUAUAAUAACAUUUGCUGGUGUAUAUGGAUUUAUUCUAUCAAAGAAUUCCAUUGAUAAGCAACGCGUUGAGAGCAUGCAAGUUAGAGAUCGAAUGAGAAAAGCAAAUGUUGGUGAAUACGAUAGAAGCGAAAGAAGAUUUCAAUAAAAUUACACAGGAAUACUAAAACCUUGCUUAUCUUCAAUUUAAAUAAAUCAAUUGGAAUAUAUUUUUAACCUAAAACACAUUCAUAAAUUAAAUAUCCACCAAAAAUGGCAAUGCAACAAAUUAGUCAAGCCGAUCAGGCUAAAAUCCAAAUGAUGCAAGACAUGGAAAUCGAAAUGAUGUCCGAUUUAUAUAAUAGGAUGACAAAUGCUUGCCACAAAAAGUGUAUAGCACCGAAAUAUGGCGAGGCGGAAUUAGGAAAAGGCGAAAUGGUUUGCAUUGAUCGUUGCGUAGCAAAAUACCUCGAUAUUCAUGAAAAAAUUGGCAAAAAAUUAACAGCCAUGUCGAUGCAAGAUGAAGACCUUAUGAAAAAGAUGUCCUCGUAAAUUUUAGUUCCAAAAUUGUUAAUUCUGAUUUUAAAAUUAGCUUUUAAGUACCUGGUAUAAAAAUAACAAGAACAAAAUGAAAAGCAAGAGAAGAAAAACUCAACACAAACAACCAACUAAAGAAAAAGAAAAAUGCAUUCAGUCAGGUCACAUUUAAUGGAUUUAAAAAUCUAUUUAUAAUUUUUAUUUGUUUGUUUGUGUUCAUACUUGCAAAGUAACUACAGUUUUUAGUUGUAUUUAAUAAAAAUAUAAAAGUUAAUUGA